ACCUUCUACUGCAGUCAGAUAGCAAAAUGAAACUACUCAUUAGACUGUUGGGUGCUGAAUGUGUCAUACUGGAAGCAAUAGCAGUCGACCUUCCUUCGUGACCGUAAACAAAAAAAACUGACCUCAGAUCAGCUUCAGCUUUGAGCCUGCCAGCUGAGUCUCCACAGUGUCCUCAACACAGCACACUGAUCAACUCAUCGUCUGCACGCAGGUCUGUCAAACACUGAUGCUGGAUCAGCAGGAGUGGAAUGGAUAAUGGCCAUGGCACACUGUAAUCUGCGGUCCCCAUCCUCCUCUCCUCGUGAUGAUGUCAACCUGGGACCUUCAGCAAACCCAAAUGCCAGACCAACUGACUUUGACUUCUUGGCUGUCAUUGGCAAGGGGACCUUUGGAAAGGUCCUGCUUGCCAAACUCAAAGCCGACAACAAAUUCUACGCCGUCAAAGUGCUGCAGAAGAAAGUCAUCCUGAAGAACAAAGAGCAAAAGAACAUUAUGGCAGAAAGAAAUGUGCUGCUGAAGAGUCUCAAACAUCCCUUUCUGGUUCGGCUCCAUUACUCCUUCCAGACCCCGGAGAAGCUCUACUUUGUCCUCGACUAUGUGAAUGGGGGAGAGCUGUUCUUCCACCUGCAAAGAGAGAGGUGUUUCUCCGAGCCCAGAGCAAGGUUCUACUCAGCUGAAGUAGCGAGUGCCAUCGGCUAUCUUCAUUCUCUCAACAUUGUUUACAGAGAUCUGAAGCCAGAGAAUAUUCUCUUAGACUCUCAGGGCCAUGUGGUGCUGACAGAUUUUGGGCUGUGCAAAGAAGGUGUAGAGCCGGAGGGAACCACCUCGACUUUCUGUGGGACUCCAGAAUACUUGGCUCCAGAGGUUCUUCGUAAGGAAGCCUAUGACAGGACAGUGGACUGGUGGUGUCUGGGAGCAGUGACCUAUGAGAUGAUCUACAGUCUGCCUCCUUUCUACAGCCGUGAUGUUGGUGAAAUGUAUGAUGGGAUCCUCCACAAGCCCCUGCCACUGCCCCCAGGAAAGUCUGAUGCCGUCUGCUCUCUGCUGGUGGGUCUUCUACAGAAGGACCAGCACAGACGCCUGGGGGCCAUCGCCGACUUUUUAGAAAUAAAGAACCACAUCUUUUUCUCUCCAAUCAACUGGGACGACCUUGACCACAAGAGAAUCACUCCUCCUUACAACCCGAAUGUGAGAGGCCCAGCUGACACUCAGCAUAUUGAUCCAGAGUUCACCAGAGAAAUGGUUCCUAACUCGCUGAGUCGGACCCCGGACCUGAACACCAGCAGCAGCUCCAACAACGCCUUCAAUGGGUUCUCCUUCGUCGCCACCGAGGACAGCUUUCUAAAUUCCGUGUGGUACCUAUCCUGUUUGACUACUGCAGGAAUUCCCUAUUGAGGGUGUAGCAGAGAAGGAGCCCACCUGCAAUGGAGACAUUUAAUGUUAACAUAUAAAACAUUUUUUUUGCCUGGAAGUCCCAGGUCUGUUCUUAGAGAGAUUGCAAAGUUUAAAGUGUUACCAAAAUAUACAGGACUCGCAAGAAGUAGGAGCAUCUUUAAGAUGCAGUGCAAAUUAUUUUUAUUCCAUUCAUUUGCAAUGGAACAAAUAGUGUGUUUAACAAUUAUUUUAUACACAGACAUUAUCAUAUUAUGUUGGUCCAGCCAGACGUAGGGCUCUAUUUUCCUAAAAUAGGGUGCAGAUGCAAACACAAGCAAAAUCUCCAGGCGCAAACAAAAAUGGGCUUGACCAGAAAAUCUUUUGCAAUUUUGGUGACCACAGGCAUUGGUGCAAACCGGGUGUAACCAGACAGCUGAUGUGUAAUGGUGCAGCUAAUGGAAUAUCAAUGCGGCUGGUUCAAGUUGUGCAAACAAACAAAUAAAAUAUUUACACUCUGCUCCUCUGCAUGUCCCAACCGCUUAAUUUAUGUAUUUUCAGUCAAAUAAAGUCUUUAAUCAGGAAAAUAACAUAAUAAAAAGGAAAAUAUGAAUAAUGAAUGAAGUCAUUCCUGUGUAAACACACAGCCCCUCUCUCAAAUCAGAGACUGUAGAUGAAACACACGUAUCAUUCCUGCUGCUGUGUGCUGAUUACUGAAGUGUUUAAUCAACUACACGACUUCCAUUCUACUUUAGGAGACUCUGGGAACCACAAGUAACUGCAUUCUGGGAGCGCAGUGCAGAGGGGCAGUAGGGUAAUAUGAGCUCUUUGGGCUAUAACAGUGCCUGACUAUUAAGAGCUUUGUAGGUCAGGUGAAGGAUUUUAUAUUCAAUUCUGGAUUUUACAGGGAGCCAGUGCAGAGAAGCUCAUACUGGAGAAAUAUGAUCUCUUUUUCUAGUUCUUGUCAGUACAUGAGCUGCAGCAUUCUAGAUCAGCUUGCGGACUUGUUUAAGCAACCUGAUAAUAAGGAAUUACAACAGUCCAGCCUAGUUUUUGCAAUAUUAAGCAGGUGAAAAAGGAACUCCUUGAAAGUUUGUUUUAUGUGGGCAUUAAAGAAUAAAUGCUCCAAGCAAGAGAGAGCAGAAGAGGGAGAGAGAGAAGCCAUCACUAAAUACUAAGCUAAAGUAGCUAACAGAACUAAUAGUCAAUAAUUACACCUGGUGUGAAACAGAAUCUCUCAGUCCUUACAAUAGUGGUCUUGUUUGUUUAUGGCAACUAUGUCAACGUGGCAAAAUUAAUUUGCAGAUAAUGCACCGAUGAUAGAAAAUGCUUCAUGUAGCACCUUUGUAAAAUGUCAGUCAACUACACCGCAGUGUGCACAGUAUGGUUUAUUCUGUGGACUGUGGUUUUCUGUUUUGUAACUGGGAAACUGGGAAAAUAUUAUUUUAGCCUAUAGAUAGCAGACGGGCAUAUAAGUUGUGUUUUGUUUCGUAAUACAUGUCAAUGUUAUAUUGAAAAUACUGUAUGUAACAUAUGUAAAUAUACAGUAGCAGCUUUGCAAUAUGUAAUGUAGUAAUGUGAUUAUAUCAAUGUAAACCAUAAAAUGCCUCUCUGCCUUGGAAAUGAAGUUGGUGA